AGAAUUUAUGGCUUUCAAGACUACCUUUUUAGUCUCUUUGCUGUCUUUCAUUACCCCAAAUGUCAUCCCUCAAGCUCUGGUAGGAGGACUUACGCCGCAAAAUCCAAACGAUCCUUCAUACAUGGAAAAAGCAUGGAAAGCAACAAAGGAUGUCAACGAGGGCCAGUAACAGCCCGUAUAUGGUUGUUCCCAUAAAGGUGGUCCAGGCUCAAACUCAGGUUGUAGCAGGAGUCAACUACAACAUGAAUAUACUUUAUGGGGAUUCUACAUGCAGAAGAGGAGCGAUUGCAGCAUCAGCGGUAUCUGCAGCUAACUGUCAGUUAACGCCAAAUGGAAACCGAGUCCUCUACAACGUUCAAUCAUACUCAAGACCCUGGGAGAAUUAUGAGCAAUUUACUGUUACGAAAAUCAGGGAUGUAGCUCCUGGUGAACUAAUUUAAAGAAAUUUCAAUUUGUGUUUUAACUAUAUGAACGCAAGUGCAAUAAAUUCCUGGCUCC